AUGAUAGGAAAAAAUAUUGUCAGUAAAUUAGGAAACUUAGCUUCAAAUGUCCAUAUUUUGAAUAAAUAAAUUGCAUCUUUCUCUGUAUGGAAAAACCCUACAAAUUAUUUGCCAGAGAAAGCAAAGUUCCCUUCUCCCAAGGAGUUAUUCCCUAAAGACAAUGAGAAUUCUUGGAAGACUCUUAAUGAUUUAACCCCUUCUCUUUUCAAAGACGUUUAGGGAUUUAAGGAAAAGUAAGUUCAAAGGGCUGCAUAUAUGCAAAUCGCAAAACCAAAUGGAUAAAUGUACCAUAUUUUUGAUGCUUCCAAAAUGCCUUUAGGAAGAAUGUGCUAGAAAAUUGCUUUCUUUUUGCAAGGAAAGCAUAGACCUACUUUCAAAAACUGCGAUUAAGUCACAUAUGACAAUAUUAUUGUUGUUAAUGCUGCAAAUAUAAUGUUAACAGGAAAAAAAGCUCUCCUUAAGACUGUGAAAUAUCAUACAGGUUUUGUUGGAGGAUUAAAGGAAAAAUCAUAUAAAUUCUUCUUGACAGAGAAGCCUGAAUAGUUAGUUUUCUAUUGCAUCAGCAAAAUGCUUCCUAAAAAUUUAAAGAGAAGAGAUCUCUUAAAAAAAGUAGAAAUAUACAGAGAUUUCUAACACGAAAAAUAAGGUUUACCCAAUUUUGUUCCUUAUACUGAAAAAGAAACUUUCGAUUAAUACUUCAAUCCCUUCGUUCACAACUUUGAAGACUUAGUUAUUAAAUUCUAAUCAUCUAAAGAAACUCCUAAGGAACUCGAAGGUAUUAAAAAGGAAAUUGAUCCUGAAAUUACUCUUCCUUUCAACUAGAGAUCUAAGAUAUUCAAAUUAAAUGCUCAUAAUAGAAGAGUUAUGAAAUAAUGGAAGAUGUAUUACAGAAGACUUAGAAGAUACAAGGUCCAUAAGAUUAAGGCUCCUAAGAAUAGAGAUCCUAACUUGUCCAAUAAGUCAUUCAUGAUUACUUCAGAUCGUCAAAUUAAAGAUUUCAAUCUUCAUAAUCGUAUUGUUCCUGAAGAAGUACCUGAAGAUGAUGAUGAAAUUAUGAGAACUAUUCCAAGACAAGGAGGUGGUUCUGCAACUGCUGGUCCUGCUAAGCCUGCUGGUGGUAAUGCUAAUGCAGGUGCUGCUGCUGCAAAGGGAGGUAAAUAAGGUGGUAAAAAGUGA